UGAGUAAAUUAAACUAGUUGCCAUAUUACCAUCACCAUGGUCACUGAAAAUAGAAGGCUAGUCGAGGAGGUGUCUGGUUGGCUAAGAGUCUUUGACGAUGGUUCAGUCGACCGUAGGUGGACUGGACCUCCUGAGGUCCAGUUCAUGGUGGAGCCUGUCGCGCCCCAUGAUGAAUUUGUCGACGGAGUUUCCACAAAAGAUGUUGUGGCCGACAAAUCAUCUGGACUUCGCGUCCGACUAUAUUUACCGAAGCGAAAGCCGGAGGAUGACGACACCAAGCUACCAAUAAUCCUCCAUUUCCACGGUGGUGGCUUUUGCAUGAGUCAAGCUGAUUGGUACAUGUACUACCACAUAUACACUAAACUAUCUCGCUCCACGAAUGCCAUUGUAGCGUCUGUCUAUCAGAGGCUCUCACCGGAGCACCGUCUCCCGGCUGCCAUUGAUGAUGGCUAUUCCGCUCUCCUUUGGCUCCGGUCAUUGGCUCGAGGCGAGCAAAAGGAGCCACUCCUCAGCCAUGCAGACUUUAACCGUGUGUUCCUUAUUGGGGAUAGCACCGGAGGGAACAUAGUCCACCACUUGGCGGCUCAAGCGGGCACUGCGGAUCUGAGUCCCUUAAGAAUUGCCGGCGGGAUUUUAAUCCACCCCGGUUUCGUACGAGUGGAGCGGAGCAAGUCGGAGUUGGAGCAACCUCAGUCACCUUUCCUUACCCUAGAUAUGGUGGACAAGUUCUUAGGGUUAGCCCUUCCAGUGGGGUCCACCAAGAACCAUCCCAUAACUUGUCCGAUGGGUCCCGAGGCCGCACCGUUGGAUAUUCUGAAGCUACCGCCGUUCCUUCUCUGCGUUGCUUCCAAGGACUUGAUGGUAGACACGGAAAUGGAGUACUUUGAGGCCAUGAAGAAGGCCGACAAGGAUGUGGAGCUUCUAAUCAACGAGGGGGUGAGUCAUAGCUUUUAUCUGAACAAGAUUGCCGUCGACACGGACCCGGACACAGCCGCAGAAACUGAGCGUCUGAUUGCAGGGAUCAAACAGUUUAUCAAGAACCACUACGAUUGAAGGACUUUGACCCUUUUGAUUGUUUCAGACUGCGAAUAUCUUUAGUAAAAUUAG